GGUCGCCAGGGGCUCGCCCCUCCCGCAGCCGGGCGUUUCGCUGCUAGAGGCCGAGAACCUUCGACUCUCGCAGCAGCUGCACGACAAGAGGCUCGAACUGCAGGAGCUGCUGAGACUCACGCGGGCCCUGGGCGUGCGGCUGACCGGCCCGGAGGCGGACGCCCUAGCUAAUGCUUCCGCCCCAGCGAGGCGCCUCGCCGCUGAGGCCGGCCUGGCCGAGCCGACCCACGCCAGCCACGAGGCCGCCCACGCUGCCGAGGCCGAGGCCGAGGCCGAGGCCGAGGCCGAGGUCGAGGUCGCCCACGGGGCCGAGGCCGAGGCCGAGGAGGAGGCCGAGGGUGAGGUCGCCCACGAGGCCGAGGCUGAGGCCGAGGAGGAGGAGGAGGAGGAGGAACUGCACUUCGAGUCGUGGGACUUUGACACGUCCAUCAUGCUUCUCGGGAUGAUAUCGUUUGUCAUGAUCUUGUUUUAUUUGACAAACUG